AUGAGGAAGACGACAACGAAACCGGUGCUCACGCCUAAGCCAGAAUCGAAACCAAACCCGUCACUUCCCGAUGAUUUGCUAUUGAGCUGCAUUGCACGCGUCUCGAGAUUGUACUACCCGACUCUUUCCUUAGUCUCAAAGAGCUUCAGGUUACUGCUAGCUUCACCGGAGCUUUACAAGACACGAUCCCUCUUAGGCCACACCGAGAGUUGUCUCUAUGUGUGCUUAGGGUUCCCUAACCCUCAAUGGUACACUCUCUGCCGAACACCUAACCGUACAAGGAAGACAAACUCAAGUGGCAACCGUUUGGUCCCAAUACCAUCUCCUAGUUCUCCUCUUCCGACGAAUCUCGUGGCGGUUGGUUCGAGCAUCUACAAAAUUGGUGGGGAUGUGGACUCUUCUUGUAGUGUCUCUGUCUUGGACUGUAGGUCUCACAAAUGGCACGAUGGUUUAAGCAUGCAGGUGGAGGGAGACAACUUCUCCACGGCUAGCUUAGUUGACGGGAAGAUAUAUGUAGCAGGAGGUUAUAGAGAUGGUAGUUCCGUGAACUGGGUCCAAGCGUUUGAUCCAGAGACUCAAGCUUGGAGCUCUGUACCAAGCCCUAGUGAGGAGAUAGGUCAUGGAGCAUCCGUCAAAAGCUUAGCACUUGAAGGAAAAUUCUACCUUUUUGGGAAUAUUAAGAGCAAGUGCCAAGUUUACGAUCCAAAGAAAGGUAGAUGGACCUCUUUAGGGUUUAAUCCUGAUUGGUUUAAUCCUGAUUGCCGUUUUUACUCUAGAUAUUGUGUGAUAGAAAAUGUUUUGUUCUAUUGGUCUCUCGGAAACUUCUUUUGGCAUGACGCUAAGGUAAAUGCAUGGAGAAGAUUGAUUGAUGUUGAAGGUUUCCCUUAUUUUUGCCACCGUGGGAGUUGUAAACUGGUGGAGUCCAGUGGAAAGAUGGUGGUUUUGUGGGACAAGUGUGAUGGCGAGCAAGACAAUAUGAUUUGUUGUGCGGAGAUUUCCCUUGAAAGGCGCAAAGAAGAUGGGUAUGAUGAGAUUUUUGGAAAGGUUGAGUGGCUUGAUGUUGUUCUUACUGUCCCCAAGUCAUGGAACUUGUUGAUUACGGAUGCUCUUUCUGCUAUCGUUUGA